GUAGAUGAGCUCCAAAACAUAAAUACAAAAAAAUACAGAGGCGCGGAGGAAGACGGAGUACACUUGUUGCUCUUCCAACCCUAGGAAGCGAAACACGCUCGGAACUUGAGUGAACUGUCGGGCAAAACGGCAUGGAGUUGCUGCGUUACUUUAGAUCUACAGACUAUAGUUAAGUAAACUCACAUAAACUCAAAUAGAUACCCGAAAGCGUUGUUCUCAGCAGCUAUCGAUGACGAAAUCCCCCAAGGACCUGAUAUAAUUUGGACUUUUAAAUUGGAUCUCCGAGCUAACGAUCUGGCAAUAAAUUAUGAUCCUCAUGACUUGAGAGUUUCUCACUGUUUGAGCAAACAGCAGAAGGGAGCACAUCCUCUGGACAAAAAGAAGACACCACCUCAGAAACGAGUAAAUCAUGCCCUUGCCGUUUGGCUUUAAACUCAAAAGGACUCGAAGGUAUACUGUUUCAAGCAAGAGCUGUCUUGUCACUCGGAUUCAGCUUCUGAAUGGAGAGUUUGUUGAGUUUACUCUGUCUGUGGAGAGCACUGGGCAGGAAUGUUUGGAGGCAGUAGCCCAGAGACUCGAGUUAAGAGAGAUAACAUACUUCAGUCUGUGGUACUUCAAUAAGCAGAACCAGCAGAGAUGGAUUGACCUGGAGAAGGCGUUGAAGAAACAGUUGGACAAAUACGGGCUGGAGCCCACAGUUUACUUUGGAGUUUUGUUUUACAUACCCAGUGUUACCCAACUGCAACAGGAGAUCACAAGAUACCAGUAUUACCUACAGUUGAAGAAAGAUGUUCUGGAGGGCAGGAUCACAUGCGCCCUGGACCAGGCUAUACGUUUAGCCAGCUUAGCAGUGCAAGCUGACUUUGGAGACUUCAAUCGAUAUGACUCCCAGGAUUUUCUUCAGAAGUUUGCGCUGUUCCCAAUUGACUGGAUUCAGGAUGAACGGGUCCUGGAGGAGGCCACUCAAAAAGUGGCAAUUGUCUAUCAGUCGUUCAGAGGUCUGUCAGCUCCUGAGGCAGAAAUGUUAUACAUGCAGGAAGUUGAAAAAAUGGAGGGUUAUGGCCAGGAGAGCUAUCAAGCCAAGGACAACACAGGCAUAGAUAUUACUCUGGGUUCCUGCCUUGAUGGUAUCUUUGUCAAAUACAAGAAUGGACGUUCACCUCUGUUAUAUAGGUGGCAUGAAAUUAACAACAUGAGUCACAAUAGGUCCUUCUUUGGCCUGGAGCUCAGCAACAGAGAGGAGAGUGUUCAGUUCCAGACCGAGGACAUGGAAACUUCUAAAUAUGUAUGCCGGAUGUGUCUGGCCAGACUCAAGUUUUAUAAGAUCAACAAGAGUAACCUCCAAACUCCACCUACAGCGGUCAACCUAGUUAGACGGAGAUCUUCAACAAGAAUAUCUCUGCCUAAGCCACAGGCCUAUAUGAUGCCUCCUCCACAGAUGCACUACAAUGGCCAUUUCACUGAGCCUUACACAUCAUCACAAGAUAACCUGUACGUGAACACUCAGAACGGUUAUUACUACCACUCUCAGACCAGCCUGGACCGCUCUCCUUUGGAAUACAGCAGCGGCGGGCGUCUACGUAACGGCAGCGUGUACAGCGCCCACAGCACCAGCUCUCUGAACAAUCCCCAGCACUACCUUCAGCCUUCACCUAUGUCCUCCAACCCAUCUAUUACAAGUGACAUCACCAGGCCAGAUUAUGUUCCCUCUCAUCGUCACAGUGCUCUCAUCCCACCUUCUUAUCGUGCCACUCCUGAUUAUGAGACGGUGAUGCGGCAGAAGAGCAGAGGUAUAGGGGGAGGAAUGAUUUUGGCUCAAGAGCAUCGGCAGAGCCACUCCAUGAGGAACUUAAACAUUGGAAACUCGUAUGCUUACAGCAGACCAGACCCUCUAGUUUACAGCCAACCAGAGAUAAGAGUAGAAUAUGGUGGGACAUCCCAGCAUCACCAAUAUCCCUUUCAUCUCGGCUCCAGCUUCCACAGCCCCUCUCCGUACCCCUACCCCGCAGAGCGAAGGCCUGUUGUUGGAGCAGUCAGUGUCCCAGAGCUCACAAACGUCCAGUUACAACAGGCGCAGGAGUAUCCGGCCCCUAACAUCAUGAGAACUCAAGUCUACCGGCCACCACCACCUUACCCAUAUGCUCAUCCACGUCCUGCUAACAGCACACCUGACCUGUCUCGUCACCUCUAUGUCAGCAGCAGCAAUCCAGACCUGAUAAUCACAAGACGCAUUCAUCACUCUGUCCAGACCUUCCAAGAGGACAGCCUGCCUGUUGCACACUCUUUACAGGAGGUCUCAGAGCCUCUUUUCAGCGGGACCCCGCAUCGACAGCCAUACCACGCUCAAAAACGAAACUCCAUCGAGAUUGCUGGUUUGGCUCACAGUCUGGAGGCGGUGAGGGUCAAAGAGAGAACUAUGUCCUCCUCUGCAGCAGAAGCAGCGACUCCGCCUCCUGUGGUGCAUGAUGGUCAAUCCCUGGGGUCCCAGCUUAAUGUGUUUUUAGAACAUACUAAGACAGGGGAGGGUGGAGACAUAAAACAGGGUGCACAGUAUGGACACAAAAAGUCCCUGUCUGAUGCAACUAUGCUAGUUCAUAGUAGUGGAGAAGAUGAAGAGCUAGAGGAUGAUAGUGGACGUCACACUCCUCUUUCACAGGAAGCAGUUUCAGGGAUUAUUCUGGAGCAGCCAUCACAGCAGCAUCGCAGCCUGACAUCACUUUCCUCUCUGACGACACAGCAACAGAUUCCAAAGGAGCCGCCUCCCGCAUAUCCCAUAGGGUCUGCCCUGGACCCUUCCAUAACCAGCUCCUUAGUUUAUAAAGUUCACCCCCGCAUCCACAAAGGAGAGCCGCUUUACCUGCUGUCAGAUUUAAGGCAACCUGAAAUUAUGCCCUCAGUGUCAGAGGGGGAUGUGAGUGAGCAUGACCAUCAAAAGCCUAAAAAAGACUUUGGUAAGGGGCCUGGGUUUGCUCUGCCUGCUGGAGGUGAAACAUUGGAGGGUUUACCUCCUCCGGGGAUGAAGAAAGGAUCCAGGUCAGAGAUGAGGAAGAUGGGCCCUCUGAAGCUGGCCCGUCACAAUGGCCUGUCGGUGUCCAGGAAAGUGGUUCAGAACGAGGUCAAAGACGAGCCAGAACAACCGUCCAACGAUGAGAAAUGUAGGUUGCUGGAGCAGCAUGUGGAAAUGGGAGAGGUGCUGAAAGAGUUCGAGAGUGUUCCUAAGCGUCCUCCAGGAGUGGAGUGCACCAUCGCCCUGCUUCCAGAGAACAGGGACAAAAACCGUUUCGUAGACGUCCUGCCUUACGACAAUACGAGGGUGGAGCUGGUUCCCACCAAAGAGAACAACACGGGCUACAUCAAUGCGUCGCACAUCAAGGUAACAUUAGGAGGACAGGAGUGGAGCUACAUCGCUGCACAGGGUCCCCUGUCACACACAUGUCCAGACUUUUGGCAGAUGGUGUGGGAGGAAGGUGUCGCUAUCAUCGCCAUGGUCACUGCUGAAGAGGAGAGCGGUCGGGAAAAGAGUUUCCGCUACUGGCCUCGUCUUGGCUCCCGGCACAACACGGUGACCUACGGACGAUUCAGGAUAACCACGCGCUUCCGAACAGAGUCUGGCUGCUAUGCUACCACAGGGCUGAAGAUCAAAAACCUAAUGAAGGAACAGGAGAGGACUCUCUGGCACCUGCAGUACACAGACUGGCCUGACCAUGGCUGUCCAGAGGACUUUAAAGGCUUCCUCACAUAUCUAGAGGAGAUCCAGUCUGUGAGGAGACAUACAAACGCCAUCAGUGACCCAAAGAACACCAACCCAGUGCUGGUCCACUGCAGUGCUGGAGUGGGUCGGUCCGGAGUUGUCAUCCUUUCUGAGCUCAUGAUAGCUUGCCUGGAGCACAAUGAGGUGCUGACUGUCCCAAAAGUCCUGAGGCUGCUGCGUGAUCAGAGGAUGUUGAUGGUUCAGACAUUGUGUCAGUACACUUUCGUCUACAAGGUCCUCAUUGAGUACCUCCGCAACUCCAGGCUCAUCUGAUGGGCGACCCAUCAUGCAGAGAGGAUUCAGCAUUUAUGACAAGCUGCACUGAGGCAACUGCUCAUAUCUGUUCCAAGUGUGGACGCCAAAAUUUGAUCCCUGCAUUUGCCAAGUAUUAAAUCAUUUUCAUUUUAAAAAGUAAAAUGAUGACAUAGGAGAGAGAUGAGACGCCACAUGAAGAAACUCAGACUGUGACCUGCCUCUUAAACAGUAUUAUCUGAAGAUAUUAUUUUUUUACAUACACAAAUUGUUUAAUAAAGCCCAGCACUUUGAUAGUACCAUGUGUACACAAUGAAGCAAGACUAAGCUGCAUAAAACAAAUACUCUUAUCAAAUAUUUUAUUGAAAACUUUUAUGUUCUUUUGAUGGAUACUUUUGAAAUUAAAAAUAGAUGCAUCUUAAUAAAUAAUGUCUUUGAAAAUGUAAUGUAUGCCAGUAAUUUGAUUCAAAAAGUGAAACGUCUACAUGGAAACUUUACACACAGUGAUGUGUUUCAAGCAUUUGUUUCAGUUUGUUUUUGAUGAAAUAUGGCUGACAGGAAAUCAAAACCCAAAAUUCAUUUUCUCAGAAAAUUUGAAUAUUACAUGAAACCAAUAAAUAAAAGUAUAAUACAGAAAUACCAGCCUACUAAAAAUAUUCCCAUGUACUUUCAAUUACAUCCAAUUAAUACUUGGUAGGGGCUCCUUUUGCAUUAGUUAUCUCAUCCGGGUGGAGUGGCAUGAAGGCCAUCAGUCUGUGGCCCGCUGAGGUGUUCUGGAAGAUCUUCUGCUUUUCCUCUUGACAAUACUCCAUAGAUUGUCUGUCGGGUUUAGAUCCAGGCAGCCUGCUGGUCAAACAUGAGGUCAUGGUACUUUUGGCAGUUUGGAGAAGCUGUAAAUCAACAUCCUCAUACAACUUGUCAGCAGAGGGAAGUAAGAGGUGCUCAGUAACUCCCUGGUAAACAAGUUUUCUUACUUUGGAUUAAAUAAAACAGCAGAUUUGUUAGCUUCUGAAAUCAAUACUGACUAAAAACGUCACCCUGGACCUCAAGCAACUUGGAUUAUGUCUCCUUCAAACUCUGGGACCUUGGUUUCUAAAUGAAAUGCUAAAUUUAUUUCCAUCUGAAAAGAGUACUUUGGACCAGUGAGCAACAGUCCAGUUCAGCUCUUAAAGCUCUGACUUUGUCCGCAGUCCACGCCUUAUGAAUCGCCUCCAAACUCUUAAAUGGUCUUUGCCUCUCUCUCCCUGUUGCUUGUGCAUUUUCCUUCCACUCAACUUUCUUUUAACAUGCUUGCAUAGAAACGAAAGCCUGGUUCUUUAGCAAUGAUCUUUUGUGGCUCACCCUCCUUGAUGAGUGUGUCAGUGACUGCCUGCUGGACAACUUUCAAGCAAGCAGUCUUCCUCAUGAUUAUGUAGAUCAUCAAAUAACAUUUCUGUAUUAAAAAAAACAACAACUAAUCUUUAUUGGUUUUAUGCAACAUUCUAACUUUUGGAUGAAACUGAAUUUUUUUUUUUCUUUUCAGCUGUAAGCCUUAAUCGUCCAGACUCACACUUAAAAGAUAUCACACUGUAAUAAAUCUAUAUAAAGAGUUUCACUUUUUCAAUUGAAUUUAAUAUUUUGGAUAAUAUUUCACCUCAUUUAGAUGUUCUUGCAUUGUAUUGUUGCUUUCAUGGUUGCAAGAAGGAGAGACGUCUCUGUUGGGAAAGCCCAGAAAGUUGGUUUUUGAAGCUGAGAUUGUUUCCUACAAUCGAGAUAGAAAUAAUCAGGCUGUUUGCAUAAGAGAAUAAGCAUCUGCAGUGUUUACCAAAAUCCACUUUACCUCUGAUUAGCUCUAAAACCACACACCUGCUGUAAGAGGGACGCUGAGGACUGGUCUUUGGAAAACACUGGACGCAUGAGAAUUAGCAAGUAGAGAAGAUUGGGAUUUUGUGGGGAGGCUUCUAUUUAUUUUAAAGAGUCUGUCAGGUUUCUGGGUUUAAAACAAUUGGGUUUUGUAUUUAAUGAUGUACUGUUAAAUUGUGUUGCUAUAACUGAAAUAAUCAAUAUACUGUCUAAGCUGUUGUGUUACAUAGUGCCUUAAAACCAGGCACUGUACAGCUUGUCUGUGUUUUGGAAAGCUAAGGACAUGCUUCUAAUUUGGUGUAAUUUAUUGAAGUGAUAAAAACAUUUUUGUAAAGGCGGUAUGAAUGAAACUGGUAAUUUUAUUUUUCUUUUUCCUGUAAAAAUUAAGAGGACACGCAGCAGUGAGCUCGGUUCUGUCGGGCUCAGUCCAAAAGCAUCGAGCGCAGUCUGACCAACAGGGCGUCUCCAGUUCCAGUUGUUUGCAGCCCGGUGAGAAGUGACUUCAACAAACGGCCUCCUGGGUAUUAAUGAACUCGCACAGUGCUGACCGGAGUUACCCCAAGUCUAAUUCUCACUGCGAUUAUUCAUAGUAUGAAGAAAUCUGUUUAAACUACACAGAAACAAUGUUUACAGGCACAAAAUAAAAGUUUUUUUUAAAUGACGGUGCCGACUUAUUCAGGUGGCCUGAUUGACAAGUUUUUCUAAGACGCAGUGAUGUGAAUGGAAGGAAAACGCUUUGGACUGGUUUAGUUUCAUUGUUACAGAGAAGUUUAAAAACUAAAACAUGCAAAUGCUUAACCUUGUACAGAUACUUUUCUUUUAAUUUGUAAAGUCUGAUUUAAUGGAUAUUGUAAAAAUGUUUAUGAACUAUAUGUGUCAAAGAAAAUUUGCUGUUACUGAGGAAAGCAUUUAAAGUAUUUAAAUAAGUUGUUUUUCCAUCAGGUUUGAGCCACUUUGUGUUAUUUAGUCCAUUUUAUGAAGCUGCAAUAACGAAGACUCAUAAUAAUAGAAGAGGUUUUUAUUCAUGUAAAUCAGAUACAUGACUACGUUCAGUAGCACCUUCACAGCAUUGGAGAUGGUUUCCAGUUAGGAAUCUAAUACAGAUUAAAAGAGGUCUCUCCUUUUUAUGUGAAAUAAUACAGAAAACUGGAAUAGAUGUACAUUUGUUUAUGCUUGUGUUUCAUAUGUAUAAUUAACUCCUCAUUCACUGUUCUAAUCGGUUCCAGUCUUCUGAGUCGGUAGUCUUUACCUUGUCUAUGAACUCUCAGCUGCACUGGCCACAUCUAUGGCACAGGUCAGAGGUUAACAUUCAAUCAUUGUGUUUUAUAUCAUUAUUUUUGGGCUUUUUAUGAUUUGUUUAAAUUGUUUACUUUCCAGCAUGGAAUGAUUAAACAUUUUUAAAAACAAGAA